UCAGCUGUUAAUUUGACUACGAAUUUAGUCACCGGCUGCAUUUACGUAAAUUCUCCAAAAUUAUCCUCUUUCAAUAGGUAUUCCAGUAACAUAACAGAAAUCAUGUCUCGAGCUUGCAUGAGACUAUUGAUUAGUCAAACAAGAAAUAAACAACUACAAAAUAUAGUUGGACAACAACGUCGUUUUGCUGCAACCGAUCCAGUGAAGGGCAAGGGACCAAUAUCAUGGAGAAGUGCUGCAGCAAUCGGAGGACUGGGAGCUGUUGGUGUAGCAUUUAUGUUAUAUGUAAAACAUGAAAAAGAAGAGGCCAUUUUAAAGGAACGCAAACGACAGCUAGGAAAGGCUGCCAUUGGUGGUCGUUGGGAACUAAUCGAUGCAUUGGGCAAUCCUAGAAAAUCUGAAGAUUUUAUGGGAAAAUGGUUGCUUAUUUAUUUUGGAUUUACUCAUUGCCCCGAUAUAUGCCCAGAUGAGUUGGAAAAAAUGUCCGCGGUUGUCGAGGAAAUCGAAAAAUCCCCACAAAAUCCUGAAAUUCAACCCAUAUUUAUUACUGUUGAUCCUGAACGUGACUCCAAGGAAGUUGUGGGAAAAUAUGUCAAAGAAUUUUCACCGAAACUAUUGGGACUAACUGGGACAGUGGAUCAAAUCAGCAAAGUGUGUAAAGCCUUUAGAGUGUAUUUCUCGGCCGGGCCCAGAGAUCAGGAUAAUGACUACAUUGUGGAUCACACCAUCAUAAUGUAUUUGGUAAAUCCUGAUGGCGAAUUUGUCGACUACUAUGGACAAAAUCGUGACAAAGAUCAAUGUGUUAAUUCAAUACUAAUGAAUAUUGCCAAGUGGAAUUCCAUGAAUAAAAAGUCCUGGUUUGGUUAAGUACUUAAAGUCGAUCAAUUUAUAUUUGGCGUAAUAUCUACGUAUUUUUUUUUGUAUUACCUUGUUAUUUUAAUUUUGUUAAAAAAAAUACAUCUAAACGAACUAAUGUUACAACAA